UCCGCCUCUGCCGUUCCGGGUCCUCGGCUCGCCGCCCCGCCGCCGCCUGUCCGCUCGUCGGGCGUGUGGGGCGACUUUGUCUCUGAAGCUUGGGGGUGCAGUGGAGCUGCGCAUCUGGGGCUCCGAGUGAGGAGUUCUCAGCGUGACUGACGGCCGGCUGUGGUUUCGUCAAGGAAUUUAGGAAUUCCUCGUCUCGUCAGCGUCUUCUGGAAGGCCUGGGCGUGGCGUAGAUCAGUCACUUGGCGUUUUCUUUUCUCCUUUUUUUUUUAAAAAGAUUUAUUUAUACAAGCACUGGGUACAGUCAGAAGCGCGGGAGGGUGAGAGAAAUGAUCAGAGCGGGGAGCAGAGCAGGCAGACAGAUGGAGGACACUGCUGAGGGGAGCAGCUGGUGAAACAGGAGAGGUCUGCGCGCCACGUGGGACUCUCGCCGGGGGCCGGGGCUCGAAUUGGCACUGCAGAGGCUGCAGGCAGCUUCGCAGCCCAGCGGCGACUGCUGCGCCACCGGGGAGACCCAGUCACUUGGCGUUUUCUGUGUAAACGUCCACUUGAGUGCACUGAGGGAAACACGCCAGCCGUUUUAUUACUGGACGUCGGGUGGUUCUGUAUUUUGUGCUGAUUUCCCCUCCAGGCCCUUUGCUGGUGUUGUCAGGAUGACCCAGGAGGCUGUGUUUAUCCACCGAGACUAGGGUGGCUGGGCCGUGUGUGCAGCGCUGUGGACAGGAAACCCUAGGACCCAGGUGCCAGCUACCUCAGUCACUGGGUACUGGACCCAUUCACCUCUCCCAGUUCUGCAUCCAGAGUGCUUACCUGUUUGUGAGAGCUGCAGACAAUGAAUGAAUUUCUGCCGGCGGGGAUUGAACCGGCACUGCAGAGGCUGUGGACAGCUUCACAGCACUGCACUCAACUGCCUGUGCCACCAGGGAGGCCCAUGGCUGAGGAUCCUGAAGUGAGGAGGAACGUUCCCUCAGAGGGGAUGGUGUCAUUUGAGGAUGUGGCUGUGAACUUCACCUGGGAGGAGUGGUGGGACCUGAAUGAUGCACAAAGGACCCUAUACCUGGAUGUGAUGCUGGAGACCUAUAGUCACCUGAUAUCACUAGGGCAUUGUGUUAACGAUCCUGAGCUGAGCAUCAGGUUGGAGCAGAGAGCACAGCCAUGGACUGUGGGAGAACUGCCAAACCAGAAUCUCUCAGCCAUCUCUUCUCAUGACAUCCAGGUCUUCAUGCCUCCGUUAGGUACAGAAGAUUUGUUUCCGAAAGUGGGACUGGGAGGGCAUGAAAUCUAUGCCUUUGAGAACUUACAAUUAAUGAAAACUGAGACAUGUCAAGCGGAAAUUGAAUGGCAGAACAGUUGUUGCAGUGAUGAUAGUCAAGCGGAGAUAAUUACCCACAAUACAGUUCUUCCUGCGAGAAGAUAUCAAGUGUGUGGAACUUUUUGUGUCAAACCCCAUUUUAUUUCUGCUGCAUGCAGAGAUAUGUAUAUUUCUGUAAGCAGAGAUUCAUAUGAAAUUUCUAUCAAUUUUGGAAAAUUGAAACAUAUGGGAACUCUCCUAAUCCAUAAUGCAAAAAGUCACUCAAAGAAUUAUGAGUAUGGGACAGAUUUUUACCUUGAGUCACAUAGUUCUCAACAUCAGAGCUGUAAGUGGGAAAAUCAAAAACCUACAUGGGAUCAUAUUGAGGAGUCCUCAAAACUUAUCCAACAUCACACAAUUCAUGAGAAACCCUACAACUGUAAUGGAUAUGGCGAAGCUAACAAAUGGUGCUCAAGACUCGCUCAACAUCAGAGAGAGACACUCCAGAAAUGUGAAGCGUGUGGUAAAGCAUUUUAUUGGCAUUCACAGCUCACUAAACAGCUAAUGAUUCAUACUGGAGAAGAGGCUUACAUGUGUACAGACUGUGGUAAAGCUUUUCUAUACUUUUGUCACCUUUUUGAACAUCAGAGAGCUGAUAAUGGUGGGAAAUCUGAUGGAUGUGAAGAAUGUGGGGAAGCCUUUAACCAGCAUUUUAAUCUCAGUCAGCAUCAUAGCAUUCAUACUGGGGAGAAAGCUUACAAAUGUGAAGUGUGUGGCAAAGCCUUUAAGAAGAUGUCAAGUGUUAUUCAACAUCAUAGAUUUCAUACUGGGGAGAAACCUUACAAAUGUGAAGUAUGUGGCAAAGCCUUUAACAACAAGUCAAGCCUUAUUCGACAUCAGAAAAUUCAUACUGGGGAGAAACCUUACAAAUGUCAAGAAUGUGGGAAAUCCUUUAGCCGGCAGUGGCAUCUUAGUGAACAUCAUAGAAUUCAUACUGGGGAGAAACCAUUCAAAUGUGAAGUAUGUGGUAAAACCUUUAGCCGGCAAUGGCAUCUUGGUCUACAUCAUAGAAUUCAUACUGGGGAGAAACCUUUUAAAUGUGAAGAAUGUGGGAAAACCUUUAACCGGCAAUGGUAUCUUGGUCUACAUCGUAGAAUUCACACUCAGGAGAAACCUUACAAAUGUGGGGAAUGUGGCAAAGCCUUUAGCAGGAAGUCAAGCCUUAUUCAACAUGAGAGAAUUCAUACCGGGCAGAAACCUUACAAAUGUGAAGAAUGUGGCAAAGCCUUUAACAACAAAUCAAGCCUUAGUCAACAUCAUAGAUUUCAUACUGGGGAGAAACCUUACAUAUGUGGGGUAUGUGGCAAAGCCUUUAACACGAUGCCAAGCCUUAUUAACCAUCAGAGAAUUCAUACUGGGCAGAAACCUUACAAAUGUGAAGUGUGUGGCAAAGCCUUUAACCAUAAGUCAAGCCUUAUGCAACAUUACAGAUUUCAUACUGGAGAGAAACCUUAUAAAUGUGAAGAAUGUGGCAAAGCUUUUGACCAGAAGUCAAAACUUACUCAACAUCAUAGAAUUCAUACUGGGGAGAAACCAUACAAAUGUGAAGAAUGUGGAAAAACCUUUAAUUGGCACUCGAAUCUUAGUCAACAUCAUAGAAUUCAUACUGGGCAGAAACCUUACAAAUGUGAAGAAUGUGGCAAAGCCUUUAACAACAAGUCAAGCCUUGUUCAACAUCAUAAAUUUCAUACUGGGGAGAAACCUUACAAAUGUGAAGUAUGUGGCAAAGCCUUUAACAAGAUGCCAAGCCUUAUUCGACAUCAUAGAAUACAUACUGGGCAGAAACCUUACAAAUGUGAACUGUGUGGCAAAGCCUUUAACCAUAAGACAAGCCUUAUUCAUCAUCAUAGAUUUCAUACUGGGGAGAAACCUUUUAAAUGUGAAGAAUGUGGCAAAGCUUUUGACCAGAAGUCAAAACUUACUCAACAUCAUAGAAUUCAUACUGGGGAGAAACCGUACAAAUGUGGAGAAUGUGGGAAAGCCUUUAAUUGGCACUCGAUUCUUAGUCAACAUCAUAGAAUUCAUACUGGGGAGAGACCUUACAAAUGUGAAGAAUGUGGCAAAGCCUUUAACAACAAGUCAAGCCUUGUUCAACAUCAUAGAUUUCAUACUGGGGAGAGACCUUACAGAUGUGAAGAAUGUGGCAAAGCCUUUAAGAACAAGUCAAGCCUUAUUCAACAUCAUAGAAUUCAUACUGGGGUGAAACCUUACAAAUGUGAAGAAUGUGGGAAAACCUUUAACUGGCAGUCGCAUCUUAAUCUACAUUAUAGAGUUCAUACUGGGGAGAAACCUUACAAAUGUGAAGUAUGUGGGAAAACCUUUUACCGGCAGUCGCAUCUUAGUCGACAUCAUAGAAUUCAUACUGGAUAGAAACCUUAUAAAAGUGAAGAAUGUGGCAAAGCCUUUGGCCAGAAGUCAAAACUUACUCGACAUCAUAGAAUUCAUACUGGGCAGAAACCUUACAAAGGUGAACUGUUUAGCAAAGCCUGUCAUUCAAAUCUUUGUCGCCAUCACAGAAUUCAUACUGGCAAGAAACCUGACAAAUGAGAAGAAGUCAAAACUUACUCAAGAUCAGAGAAUUCAUAUUGUAGUGAAGAAUGUGGCCAUGUCUUUAACCAGAAGUUUAAUCUCUCUAAAAUUCAGAGAAUGUAUACUGGGGAGAAACCUACAAAUGUUAAGUGAUGAGUGGCUUGUACUAAUAGACAUUUUGAAACCACCAUAUUUUCAUAUUGGAAUGACACUCUGAAGAAGUAAAAAAAAUGAGAAAGUAAUUAAUAAAAACAUCUGAAUACCUAUGUAAAAAUUGCAGUACAGUAGUAAGUAUUUUCUCAGAUACUAGUUUAAGUUAGAAUAUUUUUUGGAGCAUAAACUAACAUUAAAACACUAAGUAUGUAUUAGUAUAAUUUAAGUGGUAAAGAUGAUGGAUCGGGGACAGAGACAGUUGUUUUCCAUCUACUUUUUUUCAGAUACACUUGAGAUACUUUGAAGUGGGGAUGAACGUAAUUCAGCUCUAAUUCACUCCAUUCCUUGGCUUUCUCCCCUUGUGUAUGUGAAGUCAUGUAUUUGCUUUAUUGCUGCCUCAGACAUCUGCAAAACCCUCCUAGAUGGAUUUGUUCAUGCUAACUUGCAGUGUAAUUUAGGACAAUAAUGUGCCCUGUCUCCAGAAAAUCUAAACAGAUGUGCUGCUUCUGGUUGACUCAAGAUUGAUCUGAAUCACCAAGAAGAGUUAUGGGCUUCAUUGUUGGCAUAAAAGUCAGAGGAACAUGCUGAAGUUGAAAUUAUUUUCUCCUUAAGGGAAUACACUGACAGUUGAUUAAAAUCAUGAUGUUUUCUUCACAGUAGUAAUAGACGUCAUGAAUAUUAUUUGAUGAUGUUGCCAAAAAAGUUCUUCACAGGCACAUGAUGAAAGAACAGAUGACUUUUGCAUAACAGGGAAUAGAAUUCUGUGCAUGCACAUUAGCUAAGUAAUGAUUCUCUCUGUUUACCACCAACUCUGAGAUCCUUGUAUCAGAAGAACAAGAAUGUUUGUUACAUGCCUGCAUCUUGAUUUUGACCAAGUAGCAUACAGUGGUGUCUGUAUAUUUAGGGUAUAUGUCAAUUUAAUAUGUGUUAAUAAAGCUGAUUUUUUCAAAAGACUUACUUAUUUAUGCAUACAAGAACUGGGGUAUAGGUCAGAGGUUUUUUUUGGGGGUGAGAGAGUUCAGAGACAGUGGGGGCAGAACAGACAAAUCAACUGAAAUACACUGCUGAGGGGAGCAGCGGAGAGUCAGGGGAGGUCUGCUGCGCCAUGUGGGUAGCUAACUGGCCAGGGAUUGAACUUGUGCUACAGUGGCUGCGUAUAGUUCCAUAGGCUGUGUCUUAACGUCUUGCACCACCAGGAAGGCCCAAUAAAGCUGAUUUUUUAAUGUGGAAAUCCUUACGUGUAUUUGCUAAGUGUUUUUGUUGUUUCAUGGAAGAAAUGGAGUGUAGGCCAGAGGUGGAGUGGGUGAGAGGAUUCACUAGAGACAGAGUGGGAAAUAGAACAGGUGGAUUUUCACUGUUACAAACUGCUAAGGGGAUCAGCUGGUGAGACAGGAGAGGUCAUAUAUGGGUUAUCUCCUUGGCCUGGGAUUGAAUUCUGGCCUUAGCAGCAAUAGUGCUGAGACUUCAGGUCCACUAGGGUGGUUCUAAUAACAGGUUAUCCUUCAUCAAUAUUAACCAGUUCCUCCUAUCCAAGUAUUUUGGUAAUAGCUCGAACAAUCACUUGGUUGUCAACACAGUAUCAUGUCAUCACUAGCAGGCUCCAUUUACAGAGACCUUAAGUUUUUUGUUUUUUUUUUUAACAUUUAUUUAUUUAUACAAGCACUGGGUACAGGCCGAAGCGUGGGAGGGUGAGAGAAUUCACCAGAGCCAGAGCAGGGAGCAGAACAGGCAGAAGGACCGAAGUACACUGCUGAGGGGAGCAGUGAGCAUGGCAGGAGAGGUCAGUGCGCCAUGUGGGACCCUUGCUGGUGGCUGGGGAUUGAACCGGUGCUGCAGAGGCUGCGGGCAGCUUCGCAGCACAAUGCUCAACUGCUACACCACUGGGGAGUCCCCAGAGACCUUAAGUCUUAGUUUUGAUUGUAUUUUGUAACAACCACACCCUUUUAUUGGUCCUUUUAGUAACACUGGGCAGGUAAUGAGAAUUUUGAUGAUAAUGCAGGAGUAUUUUUAGGAAUUUUCAUCCAACACUUCAUGGUACUCUCUUAGAGGGUCUUGCUACAUUCCCUACAAUACAUCCUAAAGAAUCACAAGUAAAUGUAAAUUCUUUACAUGACUUCACUUGCUGGUAUUGUCUAUAGUAGGCUCCCCUAUCUAACAGGCGCUCCCCUUGAUGGCCCUGAAGAAAUCCUCCACAGAGAUGACAGUAUUCCCACUGUUUUAAGUUUACCUUGAGUAUCAUCUCAGUUCAGUAACUUUGAAGCAGUCCAGUUAGGGCCCCUAAUAUAUACAUAUGCCCCAUUUUCUGCAACACUCUUUUCACGUUCUCUGACACAGCCAUGCAGCUCACAAGAUAUGACUGUCCAUUUUCCAGGAUCCAUUUCUGUUGGCUCUUCUGUUGAACCAUGACUCGCCAUGUGAUCCCCAAAGGCUUUCUGUAACAAUUUCUGCUUUAACUAGUGACAGGUUCAAUUAGAAGCAAUGCCCAGGAAAUUCUGAAUCAAUAUCUAUAAAUUGUUACCCUAUUUCCUUGAACAUGCCCUUUUCUUGGCCUAUAAAACAAGCACAGUGUGAUGGUUGUGAUACAUACUGAAUCCAACACGUCAGUCUUUUAGGAGACAACAUUUAGGAAUGACAAAAUAGGUGGGGCAGUAUGUGGGUGUGUUAGGGGCAUUUGGGAGUGGAAUGUGUGUGUGAGUGCCCUGUGCAUGUCAUAGGCAGACGGUGGUCCUCGGUUGGGCAUCACUUCCUUAUUUUUUGGUCAUGCGAUAACUCAUAAUGGGCCUGGCAGGAUGGAAUGUCCUUAGACGUCCAUUUAGCAAGAAAAUCGGGAGACGUGGAGUAGCUCAGACUCAGACCUUUUGAGAAAUAGGUUCAGGGGACACUGGCUCAGCCCAGGUGGCCGCAGCUGGCUCAGGGAAGCACAGGGGUGCACGGAUAGAUUGGCUUCUACGGGACCCGAGUCCCCUGCAGGGAAACACCAAGCCUGGUCUUCACCGGGGCCCAGAAAGGCACAGUGGAAACACGAGAAAUGCUUUUCCCUGGAGUUUAACAAGAUGCCGUCCAGUGAGCCCGCCCUCAACACCGCGGGGUGCAGCUCCCCAGCCGCAGGGGAGGGCGGAGUGAGAGGACCCCACUUCUCCGGGAGGGAAACAAGAUGCUCCUUUUCCUCCACGACCUGAGGCACUCCCUGCGCCCCCA